AGGAACUGUUUUUUUAAAUAUAUAGAACAGGACGAACUUUAAGGAACUGUUUUUUUAAAUUGUUUGUCUUGAUGAACUCAAAUACUAAAACUGAGCGUAAAUUAUAUUUGUAAUGAAUUUUUAAAUGACAUUGAGAUGAAUAUAAUUUAAUAAGGUUAAUGAGUUGUGGGGGGGGGGUAAUGGUAAUUAAGUAAUGCUUAAGUCUUAAAGAUGGUAAAAAGACAGUAUUUUAGUGGAAGUUUUUCAACAACGAACAGAUUCAACAGAUCAUCCAGCUCCUGUUCAAAUAUAUCUGGCAUCUCAAGAGUGUCAGGCAGCGACUCUGAAUCAACAUCAGCUGGAAGAUCAAUAAAUACUGCUCCCAUCGUAAUUAUAAAGGACGCCUCGUUGAAGAUCAAGUUUCCUGGGUUGGAAAGAAGAACCUUUGCUUUGCCCCAGAGAUAUGAAACCAUAUCAGACCCGUCCGCCUGCUCUUCAACACUCAGAAGGCCAAGCUUAGAGCUGGAACUCGAAAAUCAGAAAAUAGGAUUUUUUAAUGUUCGACAAAAAUCCGAAAAUCAGAAUCCAAAUUCAUUUCUGUCUGAUGACGAAUACUCGGAGGAAUUUAUUUCUGAGUCUUCAUCAACUUCAUCCAAUGAUACAUCAGGGGACGAGGAGACGGGAAAGACUAAUACGGUGUUGUAUCAAGAUCAUGCUGGGAAAAGACUUCAGGAGAAACUAAAAUUAUCCCGAGGAAGAAAUUUAAGUCGUCAAAUAAAUACAUCAAGGUCUUCAAGCCAAAUAUCGGAUGACAGAGGAAAUGUUAGACAGUGGGUAAAUAAGCACAAUAGUAAACCUUUCUUCAGAAAACCUAGAGACACUGACGGCACAGGUAGAACGUGUGAGCAAGGAGAAGAUUAUCUCAUAGAAAUAGAAGGAGAUACACUAAGUGUGUAUGGUUCCCCAGCUUUACAGUUUAUCGAGAGAUCUUGGAACAAAUCAAAGGCGGAAAAAACUACAACUGUCCAAUUCCACUUUGUGUCCUUCGAUGACCUGGUUUCUCUUCUUCCGAAGUUCAGAGAAAAUUUUCCAAAUGUUGAACAUUUCGAAUUCACUGAAACUAAUGUGAGAAAUAUGAGCCAAAUAAAUGCGCUAGCUCUAGUUCAAGGCAUAACUUCAUUGAUGAUAAACCGUGAGGGUAAUCCAAUCUACAGUAAACCCUGGAGACAAUAUGCUAUAUACAGACUAGAGCACUGGGGAUUACUUUAUAUCAAUAACAAAGAAGUAAGUGAUGAUGAAAUACUGGCAGCAAAUGAUACAUAUGGAAGUUUAGGAGAAUUGGCAAUUAUGACUCUUCCCAAGACCAAGAUUAUAGGAUUAUUUAGAAAACUAGAACUUGGUGAAGUUACUCGGGAAAUGACGGCAAAUGAAGAUUUUCUAGCUACUGUUAAGGAUGCAAACGUAAAGGAAAUAAUCGCGAAGGAGUCUCUUGAAUAUGACCCUCAAAGAUCUUCUGAACUAGUAAAAGAGAGAGAUUCUCUCAGACAUAUGAUAGAACUUGGACAUUCGGUAUUCCACAAGUUUGGUAGACUAGAAGACGAAUGGAAAUGUAUUCUUCCAAUAGUUAUUCAUAGAAUACUAACCCAGUACCAGGAUAUUCACAGUUAUAAGAAGGAAGAGUUAACUAAGCUUGAACAGACUGUUCAAAAGUAGGCUCUGCAUUUUUAGAUGAUUUUUAUAUGUUUAAUAAAGAGAUUUUGUUAAAUAUGUAAAGUUUAUAUCAAUCUUAAGUUUUUCAUGGUUUUAGUAAAAAAUAUGAUAAUUACAGGAUCAGAUCGGAUAUUAUCACCACUUAGGGUUAAAAAGCUGUAAAUUAUUUAAAGGAUUAUUAUGAUAUGAAAAGUAUUCCUCGUAAUUCUUAAAGUAAUAUUUUGAAAUCCCCCCAAAAAUUCUGAAAAUGUGGUUAACAUUUUUAUUUAUUAAUCUAUUUUUACUUCUACAUUUCGAGUCAUGUAGCACAAAACUUGUGAGUGAGUU